UCGGUAUCAUUUUGAAGCGAGCACUAUCACACGAACGCGAAUAUGGACCGAUUUCCCCCUGCCCUUCUGGAGGAGUUAAGACCAUCCGUGCAGCGCGACAUCCGGUUGAUAUUAGAAGCAGUGGAAGAGGAAUAUAUUCGGCAGAAUGCGGCCUGGAAGAACACCGUGCGGCACGGUGAUGAACAAAACCGCCGUCUGACUGCGGCCCUUGAAGCCGCGGAGGCUGCCCGUCUUCAGGAGCGUGAGAGGCUCCAGGCCUCCAUCCGCCAGUUGAACCAGCAGCUGCAGGAGGUCAAGCGCCAGGCCUCCCUGAUCCGCGCCGACCAGGCCUCGCAGACCGCCACGGGCCAGGCCAUGAUCUCCACCAUGGGCCGCCACCUCCAGGAGCUCCAGGACCAGAUGGAGAAGGAGAAGCGCCAGGCUCUGGAGAGACAGAACGAGAUGGUGAUGGAGAUAGAGAAGAUGAGAGAGCAGAUAAAGAGAGAGAGAGAGCGGCGCGUUGGUCUGUUGUUCCUCCAGCGGCGGAGAGUCAUGGAUGAGCUGCAGCAACAGGCAGCCAGGUGGAUGCAGAGAGAAGAGCUGGAGUCUCACGUGAGGGAGCAGCUCAUGAAGGAGGAACAGUCUGAGGCUAAAUGGGAAAUAAAAAGGCAGCGCUUGGAGGCAAGCAUUCAGAAAAACCAAGAGAAACUCAAAGCUGCAGCCAGGAGGAAGCAGGAGAAACUAGCCGUGUGCAAGCUGUUCCUGCACCAGCUUCUCCAAUCUGCCUGUGUGAGAGCCAACCGCCUAGUCCACUUCUGCCUGGGCCUUCCACGUCUGCCAUGUUCGGACAGCUACUGCUGCUACCCUUAUGGUGCGAUCCCUGGACUCCAGCUCAAACACCAGCCGGGCCUUCUCUUGUCUGUAUGCGAGGCCCAGAGACUUCAGAAGAAGCUGAAGCGGAUUCCUGCCGAAGAGUCCUGCGUUGGAGAAGCAGCAGGGGAGGCCUAG